AUGGAAUUGAACGAUCCACGACUUCAUCCAAACAAAUGUCCCCAUCAUCGACUGGUGGACGUUAAUCCAACUGAAUGGAAGGGUAUGGUCCUUGCACUCCGCGAGACCAACAUGAUCCUGGUUAUGCAAAGACUCAUGGAGAAGCCUGAAUGGUAUCGCAAGAUCUUCGAUGAUACCAUCUGCGACAAGUGGAUGGCCGAGGUCGUGAGUCAAGUCGAAGACUUUAGUGAACUGAUGUGGCAAUAUUGUGUUGCGGAGCUUCGCGACAAAGCCAAAACAAUGGAAGAAACUGGAGUUGUUGCACCCAUCGAUGUCGACGUUCAAGUCGUGUAUUCAGACACUACUGUCCCUGAGGAUCUAAGACGAGACCUAGAUAGAGCGGUCGCAUCCCUGGAGAACGUACCCACCAAGGACAAGGACUGGCAUCCUAGAACCCGAGAAAGAGUUCUCGACCUUGUUCACCCUUCCCUGUUUCCUCUGAUCUAUGGUCGCUCCAAAGUCUUGAGGGAAGGCGUGGUCGAGCUCGAAAACUGCACUUCGUACUGUGGACAAGGGGCGGUCAUCGAACGACCUGAAAGUACCUCGAAUACCUCUACCUAUCAUUCACUGCAGUUUCAAUGGCUGCCCUGUGACGUCCACUUCCAAGGUGAGGAUGACGUGAAAAUCCCUUUCACACCUCGCUUGGUCCCAGAAGAGCCUCCCCUUGAUCUUCGCCGGGAGUACGCCGACAGCGGAUUACAGAUCAUUGUCAAGCUGGCCAAUACCUAUUUGACGCCUAAUGACCCACAGUGGGAUGGUGGUAGCUGGCAUGUUGAAGGCCUGUCGAACGAACACAUUAUCGCAACAGCCAUUUACUACUUCUCAAACGACAACAUCACACCCUCGCACUUGAAAUUCCGCCACAACUGCAGCGAUGAGGCUCAUUUGGACCUAGAGUACGACCAAGGCGAUUGGGACCAUCUUGAGAAGAUCACCGGCUUCAAAGACCAAACAGAUGCCCUGAUCCAGAAACUCGGUAGCGUUCUCUGUAAAGAGGGUCGUUUACUUGCUUUCCCAAACGUCUUGCAGCACAAUGUCGGAUCCUUUCAGCUCGAAGAUGAUACACGAGGCGGCGAGAGAAAGAUUUUAGCACUCUUCCUGGUAGACCCGCACGUCCGCAUUCUGUCCACCUCGAAGGUCCCUCCGCAAAGAAAAGACUGGUGGCAAAGUGAGCUACGCAAGCAGCGCGAGGAUAUCCACAGACUGAAGACACUGCCAAACGAAUUGAUGGAACAGGUCUUUGGAGAUGUCAUGGAUUUUCCUAUCUCCAUGGAUGAGGCCAAGAAUGUUAGAGAGGCGUUGAUGGAGGAGCGUGGGCCGAUCAGCGAAGACAUGAUCGAGUGCGAAGCCUCAUUCUACUUCUGCGAGCACUGA